AAUAAACAUCACUUACGCAUACUUCAACAGUGAGUGUGAAAUGAGAAAAUCAGCAAUUAUAGAUUACUCACACCAAGCUUGAGCUGAUUAAAUAUUUUUCUCCCUAACCACCCACUGUGGUUAGUUAGGUUUCAAUGUAAGUAGCUCUUUAAUUGAGAAACUACACAACUAAUUUGUAUAGAAAAUAAAUUUGUUAAUGAAUACUUUACUAAGAACGACAAUUGAUUCAAACAAUUUCUUUUGAAAUGUGGAAAAUUGCGAAUGGUUACUAGCAUAUAAAAAGUGAGUGUGGAAAUGAUAAUCUUCAGUAAUUCUAAACUAUCCAAGAAGAAAGCUGAAAAUGGCAGGAGUUAAAAGUAUACUUACAGCUAUCAAUUUCUUUCUGAUUAUAGAGCUAAUUGCUACAUAUCCACGCUCAAAUUAUAUAGAUGGGGCAAAUCUAAACACCCUUUAUGACAUAAGGAAUCAUGAAGCAGUUAAAUUAAUAGCACCAGCUUUGAAAACCGAGCGCAGUUCAUAUGCUGAAAUCACAGCAAAUCAUUUGGCAUCCUCUUGGCGCUCCACAAUUUAUAAUCCUAAUAAUUUAAGCGUUGAAAAAGAUUUGCACAAAACAAAUGGUUUACAUGAUAUCUCCAACCCAAUCGACCAAAUAUUAAUUGCAUACACCAAAGCUUUCAUACGUGAUUCACUUAAAGUUAUACAAAAUAAAGUAGAAAGUGCAACAGUCAGAGAAAGCACUGAGCUCCUCGACAUCUUGAUUAAAAUUAAAAAUCUCUCCGCUGCAGAUGAAGCGUUGGUGACCAAAGCUUUAUAUCACACCAUGGAGGUAAUGAACGAAGUCAACGCCGAUUUAACAUUUUCAGAAAGUAAUCUAAAUUGGGCGGAGGCGUUAUUGAAACACUUUGAAGAGCUGUUGGAACAAAAGCGCCGAGGUGCACAUGUAAAGGAUAUUUAUGAGAGUUUGUUUAUGGUGGAUGAUAUUGAGCAGAAUUUUGAUGCUGUGCGGUUGUUUUGGUCAAAUUAUGAAUUACUUUAGGAAUAUUUUCAAAAUUAAGUAGAUAUUAGUUAUAUCAUAAACCUAUAAUAAUUUAUUUUUUUUUUUUUAUAAAACAUUUCAGUUUAUUCAAAUUUUUUUAAAGAACAUAGCACAAAACAUUAAAAUGAACAACGUGUAAUAAAUUACAUAUAUCUUAUUUGAAUGAAGCAGCUAUGCUUAUUUGGCUUGAAAUAAAUAUACAUAUAUGUAAAUAUAAAAAUAAUUAUAAGCCACAACCCCUGGGCUUUCUUCGAUUUUUCAUUGGUACUUCGUUUUUAUGUGGUGGGUCCCAAACCCUACGCACAACGGCAGAAGCGGGUUCGCCUUCUCACUUUUGCUCGCCUUCAAACGGAUGUUUGUUAGCUACCCAGAGGAUGCUUGGUCUAAAACCGGAAGUCGUGAGCUGCUUGAAUCAUGUGGAGAAGAAUCGUUUCUGGCCACUCCCAAGUGAAUGACAAUCAAAAACUUUCCUCACUUACGUGAACUUCUACACAUGAUCCCAUCCUCCUUUGGACUGAGUAGGCAAUUGAAAAGUAAAGUCCUCUCUCGUAUGAGACGAGAGACGUUUUCGAGAGGAAAAUUUUGCGCAAGAUUUAUGGUCCUCAGAAUAUUGGCAACG